AUGGCAUCCAUUGAUUCUCUCCAGCUCCACUCUCUGUGCAAUCUCCAGUCGCCAGUUGGAAGAUCCAAGCUCCAGAUUCCUUCAAGCUUGGUUCUUUUCAGACGGAGACACAAGAAUCUAAACUGGGUCCAAGUCCAAACCAACCAAAGAUUCGUCUGCAAAUCGAUUGUUGAUGAUGAAUCCUCAACUCCAGAUGAAGAAACUCAGAACACUCAAAAUGAUGAUGAUAACGAGAAAGAAGAUGAUGUUGCCACGACUCAGAAUAGUAACAACACGCCCAGUGACUCCAACACUUCGAUUUCGAGAUUCCAGAGCAUGAUUACCACCAUUACCAUUCAUUCCGAGAAUUCAAUCUCGAGACUUCGGAGUAUGAUUACUACACUUCCUCCUGUCACCUUCUUGAUGAAAAAGUCCUCAGGGAACAGCGUUUGGAUUGGUAUCAGCAUCGUAGCUACAGUUCUGCUCGCUUCUAUACGAGCUUAUGCAAUAAGAAAGUCUAGAGAUAACCGUCCUGCUGGCUCUGUUUCUGAUCUUGUGAGACGUGGUCAGCUUAGAUCUGGUGAUAGAAGAGGCAUCUCAAAGGGUAUGAACUACGAAGACCCAUUCAACAACCCUUUUGUUAAACUUGGUAAAGGAAGCUCAACGGUGGAGAUGUGUGGGAAAGUUUAUAAGUUAGCUCCAGUCACACUUACGGAGAAAGAACAAAGUGUUCAUCAGAAGAGAAGGUCAAGAGCUUACCAAUGGAAGAGACCUACUGUUUUCCUCAAAGAAGGUGACUCAGUCCCGCCUGAUGUUGAUCCUGAUACUGUUAGAUGGAUCCCUGCCAAUCAUCCGUUUGCAACUACGGUUAGUGAUAUUGAUCAAGACCUUGCUCAGAAUAAUGUGUACCAGAAGCAAGGUGUUCCUUUUAGGAUUCGCGCUGAGCAUGAAGCUAUGCAGAAGAAGCUUGAAGCUUUACAAAAUGAGGAGAAGUUGAAUAAUUUGGGUAUUGACAGCCAAAAUGCCAGAGAUUUUCAGAGGCCAUACAAGUUUUCAAGCAAGCUUGAAGAAGAUGAGAAUGUCCAGAAGAGUUCUCAGGAGAAUCAUAAUGACAACUCAUCCUCGGAGGAGACACACAAGUCAUGAGAAGCAAUAAGCUUUGUAAAUAUAGACUUUGGAGAGUCACACUUGCGUUCCAAGAAACUGUGAGAUACUUUUUUUUGUAAUGGACUUUCAAAAACCUAAAUCUAUGUUUCUUUAUU